CAACCACCCAUUCAUCGUUACGGAGUCCGAAGAUCAAUUCCGUCGAUCAGACAACCAGUACGGAGUACGAACAUUGGCGAAGCUCUGCCUCCGUGAGUAGGGUUUCUCCGAGUUAGUAAUUUCUGUGGGUUUUCUUUUCCUCUUUUGAUUCUCUCCAAGAAAUGGCGUCAAGUCUGUUCAAGACACUCGUCCAAUCAUCCAAAUUCUCGUUAAGCACAAGAAGUCUAAGCCUUGUGAGUGGUCAAAUCAGCGAACACACCGCCAAGUGGAUGCAGGAUACGAGCAAGAAAUCCCCAAUGGAGCUGAUUAAUGAAGUUCCGCCUAUCAAGGUGGAAGGCAGGAUCGUUGCUUGUGAAGGAGACAGCGAUCCCGCACUUGGACACCCAAUUGAAUUUAUUUGCCUUGACUUGGAUGAACCAGCUGUCUGCAAGUAUUGUGGCCUACGUUUUGUUCAGGACCAUCACCAUUAGGACCUGUGAUUGGCAAGUAUUAUAGGUCGGCACUUUGUGAUAUUGCCUCAUGUUUGAAAUUCAUGUUGUCUUUGCUUACAAUGUUUCUGACUAGUAUGAUGCUGUGAUGAUGAUGAUGAUGAUGAUACUCCUUUGUUAGCAUCUUCUGAAUAAUGAGAAUCUUGUUCAUGCUUUUAGCACUUGCCUACAA